GACAUUACGAAUAUAAGUCAGACAAGUAUGAAGCCUGUAUGAAUAAGUUGUUGCGUUCUUCGUACAUCAUAUUCCCAUUCACUUGAAGUUCUCACUUCAUGGCCUCAUGCCUCGGCUCUCUCAUGCUCUCCUGCGCAGAGCUUACAAUAUCUCGCCUUUGUUACCAUUAGUCCUCCGAGAAACACGCAGUCUCUCAUCUGCGAUUAAUGAAUUACGAUGGCUACGUGAACAUGUUGAUAAAACGAUGAGCCAUCGUGUUCCCAGUCAAAAAUGGAGGACUCUACUAAAACUCUGCCAAAGACGUGCUAUAGGGGAGCCACUGCAGUAUAUACUCGGAACCCAGCCUUUUGGGGAACUGGAGAUUCAAUGCCAGCCCGGAGUACUUAUACCUAGGCCAGAAACAGAGGCAUACACAACACAUCUAGCAAAACUUCUUAUCAAAGCAAGGCGUUCUUUUCACCAAACAUUGGGAAAUGAGCAGAACCCACUGAAGAUCGUUGAUUUUUGUUCCGGGACUGGUUGCAUUUCCCUUCUUUUAUACUCGCUUCUGACUAAAGUAUAUCCUAGACUCGAGAUCGUUGGUCUAGACAUCUCCAAAAAAGCGCUUGAUUUAUCAAUUCAAAAUGUUCGUUUUAAUGAUUUGAAAAGAUCUGCACAGCAAAGUGUUCGUUUCGAAUUCUCUGAUGUUCUCGGAGACGAGGAAAAGAUCCUAGAUAAAUUUCAAGGCGUCUGCGAUGUAAUUGUGUCUAAUCCCCCAUAUAUAUCAGAAGAUGGAUUCAACAAAGAAACGACACGAUCGGUGAGGAAUUGGGAACCAAAACUUGCACUGGUUCCCAAUGCAUCGAGGCGUGAAACCAUACAUUUUAAUGGUGAUUCUGGGAAUAGUCCUCUCAUCAAAGUGGAGGAUGUUUUCUAUUAUCGAUUGCUGCGAUUUUAUUUUCUUUUGAAGUCGAAAAUUCUUGUAAUGGAAGUGGGCGAUGAGGCACAGGCAAAAAGAGUGGCCCAAAUGGCAAUUGGCUCUUCAGAUAGAAUUGAAAUAUGGAGGGACUGGCCAGACCAACACGAAUCUGGAAGCGAAAGUGCAGAAUAUAUGUUUCUUGGCAAUUACGAAAUAGUAGUCAAAGGCACUGGGAUGGUUAGAGCUGUCGUCUUGCUCUCCAAUCAACAUUUUGAAUUAUAA